UGCUGUUGCUGGGCGACAGCGCGCCACGGUAGUCGGAUCUAUCUCGACAACAUGGUGACGGUUUUUUAUUUAAUUGUCACUUAACUCACGAAAAUAGUUGUUUUGUGAUGGAUGUCACUGGAAAACGAGAUGGCUGAAGCAUCCUAUAAACUCGACGAAGGCCAGAGCUCUCCGACUAAAUGUUUCCCUCGGACAUUAAACCGACGAAGAAGAAAAGAAGGUGCAGGUCAUUGGCUCGUGGCCUACAGGAAGUCAGAGGAGCAACGGUACAGGAAUGUGCAAAGAAGCCUAAAAGAGACGUAUAAAGAACAUGAGAACGAUUCUCCUCACGGUAACACACUCGAUGGCCUCUUCCUGCUCCAGUUGCAUUGUGUUGACGAGCCGUCUGAGCUCUGCUCUGUUGACAUCAGUGAGCAGAAACUGAAUAAUGUGAAGCCAGAAGAGCUCCAGGUGUUUGGCAAUGUGGCGUACAUCGAUGCAUCUGUCAACUCCCUCUCUUUAGGGUCUUUCAGCAGCUUUGUGUCUUUAAGAGAACUCAACCUGUCGUUGAAUGGGCUUUGCGACAUGACGUGUCAUGCUGCUGACUUCCCUCACCUCCAGGUUUUAGAUCUGUCCUACAACAGUUCAUCAGCUGAUGAUAUUAUUUCCAUCGGUCAUCUUCCGCGUCUAAAAGUCCUUCAUCUGACUGGAAAUCAGCUUCAUCAUCUUCCUCAUCUGGGUUCCUUCAUCCACGACCCGACUCAACAGCGGGCUGAAGAAGACGAGUCAGACUUUAAAGCUCUUGAAGUCCUGAUCCUCGACGACAACAAGCUGACCUCCGGAGUCUUCAACAGCCUGGCGAACCUUCAGAGGCUAAAGUAUUUAAACCUACAGGGGAACCUCAUUUCUGAAAUACCAUAUUUGCAACUGGCUGUCGAGGAGCGAGAAGAAGAUGAAGAAGGAGGAGGAGGAGGAGGAGGAAUUGCCCACACCCAGACAACUCCGAGCGCCAUUGAGGAUUUUAAGAAGAUUUCACAGGAGCGCCGAAAAAGAUCCAGUCUCCCACUCCCCGAGCUCCAGUUCCUCGAUUUAUCCGACAACAAGCUGGCAGAGGAGGAGGCGCUGAUGGCCGCCGCUCUGUUCCCAAAGCUCCGGGAGAUGGACAUCCACUCCAACCCUCUGACCACGCAGAGAAGUGGUGACCCCCCCUUACUGACCCACUACCUCCACCUGAGACUGGGCGUCACCAUAAAGCGCAAGAAGUCCCGAGAGGCGGCGAAGUUCCCACCGAAGGCGUCCGCCCAUCCCAAAUGGAAGGUGGAGGGAAGAACUCCAAAGAUGGCGUUGACGGACGCGACUUGUUCUGCCCAGAGAAGUGAAUCUGAGGUCGACGACGACGACCGAGAAGACCCGGAGCACUUCUUUGUUACUCAGGCAACAGAUGUUCCCGGGUGUGAGUUUGUUCUUCCGGACGACGAGAAGAGGGCCGCCGCCGCGGGGAGCCGGGAAACAUCGCCGGACGCUCAAUGGAGUCCUGAUGUGCCGGUGGAGCCCGGCGGAAUCCAAACCGCUGUUCGAAUGCUGGAACACGCGCUGAAGAAUCUGAACGUGCUCAGAGACCCAAAACCAGGAGUUGAUCGCAUCCAGAUGCGGCGCAGAGAGAGAAGGGUUGGAGACGUUUUUGCAGCCGCACUCCAACAUUAUUAUAAAAACUAUGAAGGUGAAGCAGCCGGCGGAGAGGAGGGUCAACGAGAUGAUCAGGCAGAUCAAGGAGAGCACGACCGUCACAGACGUCCCCUUGAGCCGCGCCAUCCGAGGCUCGGGCGUGGACGAGCGGGAGCGCCGGGAGGCUCUGGCCCUGCUCAGAGACUUGAAGGCCAAGCACAAGACGGCGCACAGGAAGACGAUGGAGCGGGCGGCCCGCCUGGAGUCCGGAGCCGAGCCUCCGGCGGGGGGGACGCCACUCGGGGAUCCUCCGUCUGGCUCCGAGUCCACCGCGGAGACGUCGAGAACCGUAAACGUUUCAAGCAGCUGCUCGAUCCAGCGUGCGUCUGCCAGCGAGAGUUCAGCUUGUUCUGGGGGAAAGAAAGCGUCUGUACAUGUUGUAUCCUUUCAGCACAGAACAAAUAAAUAAGUUA